AGUGAGCCACUGCCCUGCGGGCCCCACCUCCCGGCGCACGCUCGGCCCGGCCGCCGUCCUCGUCUCGUCUCCUCCGCUACCGCGCCGGCCACCGGCCGGACCUCCCCCCACCUCGAGGCCCCCGACUAUAAGAGCUUCUAGAAGCUUCCCCCUCUCACUUCACUGCGCCGCGCUCUCGUCUCGACCUCUCGUGCCCCGCAUCCCCGGAGAGGCCGGCAGCCAUGGACGCCCACCGCGACGAGGAGGCCGCGGCCUCGCCGCUCCUCGCCGCGCCGGCGCCGGCGGCGGGCGGCCGGAGCCACGCCGCCGACGCGCACCUCGUCUCCGCUGCCUUCCUCUUCGUCUUCUCCGCCUACAGCGCCGCGCAGAACCUCGAGACCUCCGUGAACACCGAGGGCGACCUGGGCACCGUCUCGAUGGGGAUCCUCUACACCUCCUUCACGCUCUUCUGCGUGGCCGCGUCGCCCGUGGUCACGCGGAUGGGGCCCAAGCGCGCGCUCGUCGUCGGCAGCAGCGGCUACUUGCUCUUCAUCCUCUCCAACUUCGUCCCGACAUGGUACACAAUGGUGCCAGCUUCACUCUACCUUGGUUUUACUGCAUCAAUCAUUUGGGUUGGGCAGGGUACAUACCUUACAUCAGCUGCCCUUAGUCAUGCAAGAGAAAAUAAUUUGCCCGAGGGUCCAACUUUAGGGAGCUUCAAUGGGGAGUUUUGGGGAAUGUUUGCUAGCACACAGGUCAUUGGAAAUUUGAUCUCGCUUGCUCUACUGAGAAAUGGAAAGGAUGGUGAAAGUGUCACGGGGAAAAAUCUGCUGUUUGCUGUGUUCCUUGGUUUUAUGAUUGUGGGCAUUGUAUUAAUGUGUUUACUUUCGAAAAGAGAUGAGAAAAAAGAUAAUGCUCCAACACAUUCCUCAUUUGGAGCUAUGCUGAAAUACAUUGUUGCCCCACUUAAGGAUCGAAGGAUGCUUCUUACCAUCCCUCUUAUUGCAUAUUCAGGUUUACAGCAGGCAUUUGUAUGGGCGGUAUUCACAAAGAGUAUUGUAACACCUGUUCUUGGCAUCAGUGGCGUUGGUGGAGCCAUGGCAAUUUAUGGUGCAGCUGAUGUAGUUUGUUCAUUGAUUGCUGGACGCUUGACUUCUGGACUUCAUUCAGCAGCAUUUAUAGUGUCGGUCGGAGCUGUUCUUCAGGCUGUAGUCCUAUUCUGGUUGCUUUUCUUUUACAGUCCAAUGUCUGGACUGCUUGGUGCAGCAAUACCACUAUUCAUAGGUGCCUUAUGGGGUGUUGGUGAUGGUGUCUUGAAUACACAGUUAAGUGCACUCCUUGGGCUGCUGUUCGAAGAUGUCAAGGAGGCUGCCUUUGCACAGCUGAAGGUGUGGCAAUCAGGUGCCAUUGCAGUCAUCUUCUUCCUUAGCCCAAACAUCACACUUCAGGCCAUGCUUAUCUUGAUGACCACGUCCCUCUUCAUCUCCUUUGGCUCGUUCUUGUUCCUUACCCAUGUCGUCGAGAGGACAUCGACCGUCAGACCCUAAGGUACAAUUCCAUUAGCCGACGUCCAAACCAGGGGCCAAUGUGAUUUCGUCAGUAUUACCAGUGGCUUGUGCCAUCCCCAUCAGUAUACACAGGUGAGAUGAAUGGGAAAUGCAGCACCCACCAGGUGCGAUCUGUGAAUCCAUCUUACACCAUUUGUUUCAGCCAUUUGCUGAGCGAAGUUGUAGCAGGCCACAAAAUGGGGAAACUUUCCAUUGGCCUCGUUUGUAGCUUGCUGGUACUGGCCCUCUCCUUUUGCUUCUUUGCAGUAAUGUUGUAGGUGAAAGGAAAAGUUUACGUUGUAAGAAAUGUUCUUUCGUUUGGACCACAGGAUUCCCUGUAAACCUCUGGCAUCCAAUGAGAGUGAAUGCUUUUCUGUUCAACAAAAUGAUGAUUAUCAUGAAA